AAAAUUCCUAGCGGGUUAGAGAACUGAUGGACAUAACGGUGUGAUGUAACCCAAGAUACCAAUUAUACAUUUGAAAGCGGGUAGGAUUCGAAAACGCGCAGAUAACACCAUCUACAAUGUCUCUGGUUCAGGGAAUGGCUUGUGUCACCAAAGCCUUCCAUAAAUAUGCGGGAAAGGAAGGAAACAAGAAUACUCUAAGCAAAGGGGAGCUGAUUGACUUGCUGAAUGAAGAGUUUGGACCAGCAAUUGGCAAAGGUAAAGCUGAUGAAAUUGAUAAAAUCAUGAAAAGUCUGGACCAAGAUAAGGACGGUGAAGUGGACUUCAGUGAAUAUCUGACCUUAGUCUGUGCAAUGACUAUGGCCUGCAAUGACUAUUUUGUUGCCCAUUGCCACUAAGGAGAACAAAGUCCAUGUUUAAAGUAAUUCUUUUCUUUGCACCUUUAUAAACUGUGUUUUGUAUAAGAAUAAGAAUAAAACCUAACUGAACUCAC